GUUAGAAAUGCAGCGGUCGAUUCUAUGUGCAUAUUAGCGCUCCAUAAUUCUGAGUUUGCUGAAAUGUCUUUGGAUUUUCUUGUUGAUAUGUUUAAUGAUGAAAUCGAAGAUGUUAGAUUGAAAGCCAUAAGCAGUUUGUCUAAAAUUUCUGAAAAUAUUGUACUGAGAGAAGAUCAAUUAGAAACAAUUUUAGGAGCACUGGAGGACUUUUCAGUCGAGGUACGAGAAGGGCUGCAUGAUAUGUUGGGGUCAUGUAAUCUUGCAAGUGCAGAUUGUUUACAAAUGCUCUUAGAAAAAUUAUUGGACACAUUGCAAAAGUAUCCACAGGAUAAAGUCUCGACUUGGGGCUGUACAAUGCGCGUUGGAUCGAGACACCCAUCAUUUGUUUUGAUGUUAGCACCUCAAUUAAUUCAGGUGCAUCCUUUUCUCGAACAAGCAGAACCAAAUAUAGAUGAUCCUGCAUAUGUUGCAGUUUUAAUAAUGGUUUUGAAUGCUGCACAAUUAGUAGGCCUUUGUUAG